AUGGGCAAGAUGCUCGACAAGUUGGUCAGCACGAUUCAGUUCUUCUCCAUGGAUGCUAUCGUCAAGAAGGCCAACUCUGGCCUCCCCGAGAUUUCCAUGGGCAACAUCCUCUACGAUGAGGUCAUCAGGUACUCAAAGAACCCUUAUCCUUACUUAUUCAAGGAAUGCUUCCUUCUCUUUGCGGGCCACGACUAA